UGCUGUUUUACUAAUAUAUUGGGGAAUGAAGAAAAGAAAGAUGCUCAAACUGAAAGAGAAGUUCUUCGAACAAAAUGGGGGAUUAAUGUUACAGCAACAUUUGUCAAGUGGUAGCCAAUCUCAAGAGACGACAAAAAUCUUUAGUGCAGAAGAAUUAAAAAGAGCCACAGACAAUUUCCAUGAAAGUAGAGUUCUGGGCCAAGGAGGCUAUGGAAUAGUGUAUAAAGGGAUAUUGCCAUCUGAUAACAAGGUGGUUGCCAUUAAGAAGUCCAAAUUCGGUGCUGAAAAAUGUAACGAACAAUUCAUCAAUGAGGUAAUUUUGCUUUUGCAAAUAAACCAUAGAAAUGUGGUUAAGCUCUUAGGUUGUUGUUUGGAGACAGAUGUUCCUUUACUAGUUUAUGAGUACGUAGAAAAUGGGACUCUUUUCGAACAUAUCCACAACAAAGAGCCUGAGAUCUGCUCCUUGGUAAUUCCCUCUAGGAUUUUCUGCAUCAGAUCUCCACUUUCAUCGGAGUUGAGAUUGAAGAUAGCAACUGAAGCUGCAAGUGCAUUAGCAUAUCUCCACUCUGCGACUUCUACGCCUAUUAUACACAGAGAUGUCAAAACUGGAAACAUACUCCUUGACAAAAAGUACACAGCAAAAGUUUCAGACUUUGGAGCAUCAAGGUUGAUUCCUCUCGAUCAAAAUCUCCUUACAACCGUUGUACAAGGAACAUUUGGGUACUUAGAUCCGGAGUAUAUGCAUACAAGCCAUCUAACAGAAAAGAGUGAUGUCUAUAGCUUUGGAGUUGUUCUGGCGGAGCUGCUAACCGGCAGGAAGGUGAUGUCAUUUGAUAGACCCGAGAAUGAAAGAAACCUGGCAUUGUUCUUUGUUUCUUCAAUGAAAGAGGAUAGGUUAUUAGAGAUUCUCGACAAUGACAUAAUCACCGAGGGAAAUACAGAGGCAUUCAAGAACAUUGCCAAUCUUGCAGAAAGAUGUUUACGGAUAAAAAGUGAGGAAAGACCUAGCAUGAAGGAAGUAGCAAUGGAACUAGAAGGACAGAGAGCCAUGGUAAUGCAGCAAUUGGGACAAGGUGUUCAUAUGGUUUCACAAAAAACUAAAAACUUGCCUACCAAGGAACCUUCUGACCCCUAUGCUAUCGACAUUAGUGGACCAUUGAGUUCCCAGUAGAUGAUCAUAGUUAAUUAAGCAGACUAGCCAAGGUGGCUUCUUCUGAGAAAAGGAGCCAAGCGGUCUAGCUGAGCUGGCAACACUUUUUUUCUCAGUUGACACGUGGCAAAAGUCGAGUGGCUUAGCACUAGUGGUUGUUACUAUAUUUGGAAUUUAGUUACUUUGUUAGAAGUACUUUUGAGUGGGUAUUGAAACAGAGUCAGUUUUGCAGCUUUAUAUUUUCAAACUUGUGUCUCUCUUUAAUCAGUUUGCAAAUGAUUUCAAAGUGUGAUUGUUUUGUUUU